UGAUCUUAUCGGUGUCACAAACGGUUCGAUCAUUGAAUCAGCCAAUCAAAUUCGAGAAUAAAAGAUCCAACGGUCCUUAGAGUCUCAAACACGUCAACUCAAUUUUACACACUGUCACUCGUAACUCAGUAAUCGGAAACUCGUAACGCAGAUCAUUCAAUCAGCUAAACCCUUAGCAGAUCACACACGAAAACUCAGUGCAAAAUCUCUGUUACAAUCGCCGGCCGGAAGAUCGGACGACGAAAAUGUUGCCGCCGGAGCUCCAUCCGCGGACGUUCCGUCCGUACAUCUCCGCUUCAACUAGUGCUCCGUCUCUCCCCACCUCCUUCGACGGCAUUUACAGUCCCGAACGAAACCCUAACGGUGGUAGCAGCAGCAGCUCCCUGAACAGUAGAUCUCUACGAAGCUCUCGAUUCUCGCCGUCGGCGUUCGUUCACAACGCUCGAAUCGCUGUCGCGUUAGUUCCUUGCGCUGCUUUCCUUCUUGACCUUGGCGGCACUCCCGUCGUCGCUACGCUCACAUUAGGUCUCAUGAUAGCUUACAUCCUCGAUUCACUCAAUUUCAAGUCCGGUUCGUUUUUCGCCGUAUGGUUUUCACUCAUCGCCUCUCAAUUUGCUUUCUUCUUCAGCUCAUCACUGUUCGGAACUUUCAAUUCGAUCAUUCUCGGCCUAUCCGCUGUAUCAGUUUGUAGUUUAGCGAAUUUCUUAAUCGGUGUGUGGGUAUCGCUUCAGUUCAAGUGGAUUCAAAUUGAAUAUCCAACGAUUGUGCUUGCUCUCGAGCGGCUAUUGUUCGCUUGUUGUCCGAUUAUUGCUUCUACAGUUUUUACCUGGGCAACUGUCUCUGCAGUUGGUAUGGUUAAUGCUGCUUAUUAUCUUAUGGUGUUUAACUGCAUUUUCUAUUGGCUUUUUUCGGUGCCUCGUUUAUCGUCGUUUAAACUGAAGCAAGAAGUGAGUUACCACGGUGGUAGGGUUCCAGAUGAAAAUUUUAUCCUUGGGCAGCUUGAGAGUUGUGUGCAUACGUUGAAUCUCUUGUUUUUCCCUCUUUUGUUUCAUAUUGCAUCGCAUUACUCGGUUAUAUUUGUCUCUGCGGCUUCUAUUUGUGAUCUGUUUCUGCUUUUCUUCAUUCCUUUCUUGUUUCAACUGUAUGCCUCGACGAGAGGGGGGUUAUGGUGGGUGACGAAGAAUGAGCAUCAGUUGCAGAGCAUUCGCGUGGUGAAUGGAGCUAUUGCUUUGUUUGUUGUUGUCAUUUGUUUGGAGGUUAGGGUUGUGUUCCAUUCGUUUGGACGAUACAUUCAAGUGCCACCGCCGUUGAAUUACCUGCUUGUCACUAUAACUAUGCUGGGAGGGGCAGCUGCAGCUGGUGCUUAUGCUCUUGGUAUGGUUUCUGAUGCUUUUAGCUCACUAGGAUUCACUGCUUCAGCUGUCAUUGUAAGUUCUGCUGGAGCGAUCGUGGUGGGGUUUCCUGUUCUGUUUGUUCCACUCCCAGCAGUAGCAGGAUUUUAUUUGGCUCGUUUCUUCGCGAGGAAGAGUAUCUCGUCAUACUUUGCUUUUGUUGUGCUUGGAAGCUUGAUGGUUAUAUGGUUCGUAAUG